AUGAACCAACCCAACGCACCUCCGGCAAGGCCCCACUCGGCCCACGCAUACAUGGCCGUCCCUGCCAUCUUCCGCACUGCAUCUGGCCGCUCUGCUCCUUCAAGACCAGCGCUACGCAACUCGGCCCGUGCAAGUCUCUCCUCCAGCAGCAUCCGCCAGACAGAGUGGGAGGACGCCUGGGACUCGUCUUCCGACCGCGAGGACGAUGAGGAACCCGCCACCUCGGCACGAGCGGCGCCCAUACCGAUCCGCGCGUCGCGCGUGUCGCCAACAGCUUCAGGCCUGUCUCACUCGGGCGGCAACUCCAGCUCAAUCUCGACGUCAUGGGUCAGCGCAAGCUACCACCCCACCCCAGUUAAAGCGACUCCGCCAGUUGGGGGCCAACCGGCCCAUCGCGCAGUCGUGGAAACGGAGAACGGUGCAGCAGCGCCCGAAUCCAAGCUCGGCGCAUGGGAGAUGGUCGAGCCCGACGAGGCCGAGGAGGAAGGGAGACGAGCUGCCGGGAGGGAAGCUCUGCGCGCCGAUUGCGAAGAUGUGUUGCGUGACCCUAUGCAGCUCCUCGCGGGCCUGACACUCUCAUCAGCUCCGGGAUCACCACGAGCGUCGCCGAGCCUCGGAAGCAGAGCGCCAUCAGGGCACGCAUCCCCUCGUCCAGGGAGUGGUAUCAGCAUCUCGCGCCAACGCUCGGUGCGCACCGAGCGGCGGCGAGACAAGUUCGCAAAGAUACUGAGCUGUGACACUGUCAGCUCGGUAGACAUCGCCGCGCUUAAACGCCUUGCGUGGAACGGCGUGCCAGAGGAAGUACGCCCGAUCGUGUGGCAGCUGCUACUCAACUAUCUUCCCCUGCCGCUCGCACCACGCCUCGUAACACUGACGCGAAAACGGAAGGAGUACGCGGCCCUUGUCGAGCAGUACUUUGGGCGAGGGCCAGCCUUUCUCGACCAGCAGAUCUGGCAUCAGAUCGAGAUAGACGUGCCACGUACACGGCCCGGUGCGCCUCUCUGGUCCUGCUCCGCGACGCAGCGCGCCCUCGAGCGCAUCCUAUACGUGUGGGCAAUCCGGCAUCCGGCCAGCGGGUACGUGCAGGGCAUCAACGACCUCGCGACGCCGUUCUUCGAGGUCUUCCUUAGCGCAUACGUCUCGGUCGACCCGGAGCGCUUCGACGUCUCGCACCUCCCGCAGGAUGUGCUCGCGGCCGUCGAGGCGGAUAGCUUCUGGUGUCUCACGAAGCUGCUCGACGGGAUUCAGGACCACUACAUCUCGCAGCAGCCAGGCAUCCAGCGUCUCGUGAAGCGCAUGGGUGAGCUCGUGAAGCGUAUCGACUCACCACUCGCCACACACUUCGAGGACCAGGGAGUCGAGUACAUGCAGUUUGCGUUCCGGUGGAUGAACUGCCUCCUCAUGCGCGAGAUCAGUGUCAAGUGCACGAUCCGGAUGUGGGACAGUUACUUGUCCGAGGGCGCCGACGCCUUCUCCCAGUUCCACCUGUACGUGUGCUGCGCGCUCCUCGUCAAGUUCAGCGACAAGUUGCGCGACAUGGACUUCCAGGAGAUGAUCAUCUUCCUGCAGCGCCUCCCGACGAACGAUUGGAGCGACAACGAGAUCGAGCUGCUCCUCUCCGAGGCGUUCGUGCUCAAGAGCGUGUGGCAAGGUGCCGACAACCACUUUGCAAACCUUCCCAUGCGCGAGGGGCUACCGAGCAUGAUGGGACGGUAG